GCCCUCCAACCGCAGCCGGCUCCCCCUCGGCGUCCAUUCCGCUGCAGCUCGGCGAGUCGCGAAGGUGAGUCCGUCGUGCUUUCGCGUUCAUUCGCUUCUUCCCGUCGGUCUUUGCCGCCUGCAUGGAGUUGAAAGCGUUCGUGGCGGGGGUGUUCCUGCUGCUGUCGGAGGGGAGCCAGGGAUACUUCGACCCGAAUUGUGGUGGGAAACAGGUGAUCGUCCACCUCUUCGAAUGGAAAUGGACUAGCAUCGCCAACGAAUGCGAGCAGUUCCUCGGCCCAGCUGGCUAUUGCGGCGUGCAGGUGUCGCCAGUGCACGAGCACGUGCUGGUGACGACGGACGCGAUGCGCCCCUGGUGGGAGAGAUACCAACCGGUGAGUUACAAGCUGACGUCCAGGAGCGGGACGGAGGAGGAAUUCGUGGACAUGGUGCAACGGUGCAACGCGGCCGGCGUCCGGAUCUACGUGGACGCGGUGCUGAAUCACAUGGCCGGACUCGGCCGGUCCGGGAUCGGCUCGGCCGGCUCGUCCUUCGACUCCGACGAGCGCGACUUCCCCGGCGUCCCGUUCACCGUCGAGGACUUCACCCCGCGCGAUAUGUGCCCCUCGGGCGACGGGAACGUCAACGACUACUCGGAUCCCAACAACGUCCGGAACUGCUACCUGGUGGGCCUGACCGACCUCUACGGGGCAACGGAUUACGUGAGAGAAAAACAGAUCGAAUUCCUGAAUCGAUUGCUGGAAAUCGGAGUCGCUGGCUUCCGGGACCUUGAGGCCAUCCAAGGCGCCCUCGACUAUCCGGCUUUCUUCUAUCACGAAGUGAUCGACAGAAACGACGGAGCCGUCACGGUCGAUCAGUACUUCGAACUCGGUCGCGUGACGGAAUUCCGCUACUGCACCAAGAUCGCCUGGGGGAUCUGGGACUUCAGCCAGCUGGGGAACAUCGUCGACUUCGGCUGGGGGAUGUGCCCGCCCGAGAAGGCCUUCGUGUUCGUCGACAACCACGACAACCAGAGGGGCCACGGUGGAGCCGGUGACGUGAUCACCCACAAGACUCCGUUCGAGUACAAACUGGGCGUGUCCUUCAUGCUCGCCCAUCCGUACGGCUUCACUCGGGUCAUGAGCAGUUAUUUCUUCGAGGACUCGAGCGAGGGCCCCCCGCACGACGAUAACUACAACACCUUGGACGUGAUAAUCAACCCGGAUGGGACCUGUGGGAACGGGUGGGUGUGCGAGCACAGAUGGGGGCCCAUCGCCCAUAUGGUGGAGUUCAGGAAUGCGGUGGCGGGGACGGAGAUGGCGAAUUUCUUCUUGGAAGGGGAUCGGGUGGCUUUCUCUCGGGGCGACAAGGGAUUCUUCGCGAUGGUGAAGUCGGGCUCCAUGGAGGGGAGCUUCCAGACCGGGAUGCCGGGGGGAUCGUACUGCAACAUCAUCGACGGGUGCGCGACGCAGGUGACGGUGAACGGGGACGGGACGGCGCAGAUCCGGAUCACCGACGCCGAGGAGCCGAUCCUGGCCAUCUGCGUCGGGUGCACGGGAGACAGGCCCACCCCUGACCCAAUGGAUGGCAAGUUUCUAAUAGUUUUUCGGUACGACAGGGACAUAUUCCGCCCUCGGUGGUCAAUGUUCACGACGGCGUGCGCUGAAGUCCGCAAGGUGAAACCGGAUAUCUGA